UUUCUCAGCAGCUAGCCUAAAAGGCAUUUCAAUACAUUCUUAUUCCCAAAAGUGCGCCUUAAACUAAUAACAGAAUGAUGAAAUUACAACUUUCCAGCCGCGUUCACCUGUCACUUCUAUCCUCACUAGUCAAGAACAUCCAAAACUCUUCUAGUUUCGUCCCUUCCAUGAAGCCAGAACUGAGUACUUAAUCAGAUAAUCUUUUGAUACUUCUAAUGCUCUAACGAGUCGUCGUUACUUGCACCUAUCAUUAUCAAUGUCAGUACUCCAAAUUUUCAUCGUUCUAGUUUUCGGGUUCUGUUCUCUGUGUACAUCUCAGCCUACUAGCGCAAAUACCUCAGUGAAAUGCCCCCUUAACUUCAAUGUCCUCAAGGAACUCGCUCAAGGUUCUAGGCCUUCCAACUCAACUGAGAAACCAUGUCGAUCAAUUCUCCAGGGUCUCCAUUAUGUCCAAUCCGAUUACCUCCGCCGCACAAACUCAUUCCUUCCCCCAUCUUCGGCUUCUGAAUCUUGCUGGAACGAUUACCAAGACCUCUUCAAUCAGUUCCCAAACAGCUUUGAUAUUCGCAAAACAUGUGCAUUUGAAACACCCUGGAUAUCUCAGGGCUGUGAAAACAUCACAACAAGAUCUCAGUACGAAAAAAUUAACUCAAACUCGGUAGCUAAUGUUUCCAAGGCCUGUAACCAGACGUUGGAGAUCAGCGGGGCAGCUUGUACAGAAUGUACUAUAAGUAUUUCUGUGUUGAAACCAACUGAUCAGGUGAACAAGGGGAACCAAUCAGUGGGGAAUGUUUCAGAUUGUAUCGCGUAUAGGUUUAUUUAUGCUGGCGCUUUUGGCCAUUCGUUUGGCCCGGCUGAUAGAGGUACUGCAGGGUGUUUGUUUAGUCUUACUUUUGAUGAUUCCAAAUCCAACAACAAACAGAGGAAUAUCACUUUGGUGUCUGUGUGUUUGGCAUCAGGGUUUUUGAUUAUGGCGGUGCUGGGAUUUUCUUGGUUUUGGUGGAUUAGGCGAAAGAAGCAGCUGGAAAAGAUGAAGAGACAGGAGGAGAUUACUAGGAAGUGGAGUAAAAUGAGUUCAUCUGCUCUUGAUUCAAUCACUAGUAGUACUACGUUGAUCAAGUUUUCGUUUGAUGAAAUUCAGGAGGCGACCAAGAAUUUCUCAAGGGCGAAUAUCAUUGGGAGGGGAGGGUAUGGUAAUGUGUAUAAAGGUGUUCUGCCUGAUGGGACUGAAGUUGCAUUGAAGAGGUUCAAGAAUUGUUCGGAUGCUGGUGAUGCGAGUUUUGCUCAUGAAGUUGAGGUGAUUGCAAGCGUCCGCCAUGUGAAUUUAGUGGCACUAAGAGGGUAUUGUACAGCCACCACAAAUUUUGAAGGGCAUCAGAGGAUUAUUGUGUGUGAUUUGAUGAAGAAUGGGAGCUUGCAUGACCAUCUGUUUGAUUCGGAUGAAAAGAAGUUGAGUUGGCCUAUUCGACAAAAGAUUGCACUUGGAACAGCUAGAGGGCUGGCUUAUUUGCAUUAUGGAGCACAACCUACUAUAAUUCAUAGGGAUAUUAAAGGUAGUAACAUACUAUUGGAUGAUGACUUUGAGCCUAAAGUUGCAGACUUUGGUCUUGCAAAGUUUGCACCUGAGGGAGCGACACACGUGAGCACCCGGGUUGCUGGAACAAUGGGUUAUGUUGCCCCAGAAUAUGCAUUGUAUGGGCAGCUGACUGAGAGAAGUGAUGUUUAUAGCUUUGGGGUGGUUCUUCUUGAGCUUUUAAGUGGGAAAAAGGCACUUCUGGAGCUCGAGGAGGACCAUCAUACGCUUGUGGCAGACUGGGCAUGGUCAUUGGUGAGGACAGGGAGACCCCUGGAUGUGGUUGAAGAAGGUAUUCCUGAGUUAGGCUCCCCUGAUAUCAUGGAAAAGCAUGUAUUGCUAGCUGUGCUUUGUUCUCAUCCUCAGUUGUAUGCCAGGCCUACAAUGGAUCAAGUCGUGAAGAUCUUGGAGUCACAUUUGCCAGUUCCAGUGAUCCCUGAACGCGCUCUCCCUAUUACUGCUGAUAUUGAUGAUAUAGAGAGAUCCGUUAGCAGUAUUAACUCAGGUCAUUUGUCCACUUACUCCGGCUAUCAGACAUACACUGAUAAUUCCGCUCCUUCCACCCCAAAAUUGUAAGGGCUGAUAGACUGGACGAUUUUCAUUUUUAUUUUUUGCCAUUUUAAAUUUUAAGUAAGAAGGUCUCGCGGAACUAGGGGAACCGUUGUUUCCCUGAACCUGCCUGCUCCUCAGACACCCUCUGCGGACUGCAAAUAUACAAACGCACUAUUACAUAUUUUUAAUUAUCUCUGUUUUGGAUC